AUGGAUGUGAAACAGAUUCAUCUUGGAAAUAAUAAAUCAAUGUUAAAUUAUAAUUCAAUAAAACGUUUAAUUCAUUUUGUUCAUAAUUUGGAAGAAAAAUUAUCAUCUGUAAAAAUAAUUCAUGAAAAAUUACAUGAAUUAAUGUCAAUUGUAUCAAAAACACAUGAUAAUAUUGUUGAAGAAUUAACAACAAUUAAAACAGUUUUAAAUGAAGCAACAAUUGAUCAAAAACAAGAUGAUGAUGAAAUAAUUCCAAUUGAUGUAACAAAAUCUGAAUGGGAUGAUGAAGAAGAUGAUGAUAAUGAUAAUGAACCAAUUCCAGGAUCAAUGUCAAUGAAAGAAUUUGAAUCAAAAUCUGUAACAAAUUUAAGUACAAAAGAUCAACAAAUAAAUAGUCCAUCAAGUCGUCGAACUGAUCGUUUAUCAUUAUAUUCAGCAUCAUCAUUUGAUUCAACAUCAACAAAUUCUUCAACUAUUGAAAAUCGUCCGAGUUCUUCAACAAGUAAACGUUCAUCAAAUUUAAAAAAAUCUGAUCAAUCAUCAACACGUGCAAAAUCACCUAAAUCAGUUAGUUUCAGUAUUGAUGAAAAGCAAGAGUUAAAUACAUUCAAUGAUCAAAAUCAAGAAUCAAAUAUUGAAUUAUUUGAAAAACCAUUAACAGAAAUCGAUAAUUCAAAUAUACAAAUAACAACACCAAUAAUAUCAAAUUCAAAUGAAAGUUUUAAAUUAAAUUCUGAUCUUAUACCAGAUUUAUUUAAACAACAUCAUAAUGAAGUUACAACUCAACCAAAUAUUGGUUUUAAAAUGGGAAAUGCAUUAACAAAUGUUCGUAUUCAUGAAAUUGAAUCGAACAAUGGAGAUUAUCUUCGAUUACUUAAUAUUUCAAAUUCUGAUGAUUAUGAUUUAAGUGGACAUUUUUUACAACAAAAUAUUGCCUGUGUACCAGUUUGUCGUUUUCGAUUUCCACAAGGUACAAUUCUUCGAGCUGGACAAACUAUCACGGUUUGGUGUGGUGCAUUUAAAGAUAUUGAACCUCAAUUUCCACAUAUAUUUGUAUGGAAAGAAAAAAAACGAUGGGAAACUGGUCCAGAAUGUGUAACAAUUUUAGCAAGGCCAAGUGGACAGGCAAUCGCAUGGGCAAGAAGUUCAUAUCGUUUGAAUAGUGAUCAAUCCUCAAGCAAGAAUAAUUCUCGUCUUUCAGCAUUUUAUUUUGUUGGAAAUAAUAAACCACCAUUUGCUCAAUCACCAGAUAGUCCUGUACAUCCUUAUCAUAAUGGUGGUACAUCAAAUGUACACAAUGAACCUCGUUUACAAAUUAAUCCAAGAAGUGGUAUUUCUCAUUUACUUAAUCGACCAAAAUCCUCUCCAUUUGCAAGUCAUACAGGUUGUAAACAGGAUUUAAUUAGUAUGAAAUUUUUACGAACACAACAAACAACACCACGACACAAACAAACUAGUGUUAAUACAUAA